AUGUCCAGACCACAAAAUAUUGGUAUCAAGGCUCUCGAAAUCUACAUUCCAAGUGAAUACGUUAACCAAGAAGACUUGGAGAAGUUUGAUGGAAUUCCUCAAGGUAAAUACACCAUUGGGUUGGGUCAAACUAAUAUGGCGUUUGUAAACGACAGAGAAGAUAUCUAUUCUUUGUGUUUAACAUCUUUCUCCAAGUUAAUUAAAAACUAUAACAUCGAUGUUAACAAAAUAGGUAGAUUGGAAGUUGGUACUGAAACCUUGUUGGAUAAGUCCAAAUCUGUUAAAUCAGUAUUGAUGCAAUUGAUGGAAGGAAACAACGAUGUUGAAGGUAUUGAUACCAUCAAUGCCUGUUAUGGAGGUACCGCUGCCGUCAUUAAUGCUGUUAAUUGGAUCGAGUCUUCUUCUUGGGAUGGAAGAGAUGCUGCCGUUGUUUGUGGUGAUAUUGCCAUUUAUUCUAAAGGUGCUGCCAGACCAACGGGUGGUGCUGGAUCAGUUGCUUUAUUAAUUGGUCCAGAUGCCCCUAUUGUUUUUGAAUCCUCGAGAGGUUCUUACAUGGAACACGCCUAUGACUUUUAUAAGCCAGAUUUCACUUCUGAAUACCCAGUGGUCGAUGGCCACUUUUCCUUGAGCUGUUAUGUGAAGGCAUUGGAUAACUGCUACAAGAACUACUCCAAAAAAGUUACUAAAGAUGCUAGCAAAACGGUUGGCGUAAACCACUUUAACUAUAAUGCUUUCCACGUUCCCACCUGUAAAUUAGUCACGAAAUCUUUUGCCAGAUUGUUAUACAAUGACUACAAAUCCGACCCAUCCAAAUUUAACUUUGACGAAGAAACUGCCAAGUUGGUUGACGUUGAUUACGAAACUUCUUUGGUUGACAGAAAUUUGGAAAAAGUCUUUCUUGGCUUAACUAAAGAAACCAAGAAGACUCAAUUGGACCCAGCUUUGAAGGUUCCAACCAAUACCGGUAACAUGUACACCGCUUCAGCAUGGGCUUCCUUGUGCUCUCUUUUGUACUAUGUUGGUUCCGAAAAGUUGCAAGACAAAAGAAUCGGAAUCUUCUCCUACGGUUCUGGUUUAGCCUCCACUUUAUUAUCUGCCAAGGUUGUGGGAGAUAUCUCUCACAUCACCAAGAACUUGGACAUCGACUACAAGUUGGGUGAAGGUAGAACCAAGAGAUCCCCUGAACAAUAUGUGACUGCUAUCGACUUGAGAGAAAAGAUCCAUUUGCAGAAGAGCAUUGCUCCAACUGGUUCUAUUGAAACAUUGGCCAAGGGUACCUACUAUUUGGCUGAAAUUGACGACAAAUUCAGAAGGUCUUACAAGAAAGUUGAAUAA